CGACGAGGAGGAGGAGGAGGAGAACGGCGACGACGACGAGGAGCGGGGCCGGUUGUUCACCUACUGGGAGGCCGUAGCCAGUACUCACCGAGUGAGCCUGCCCCGAGACAUGGCAGGCCCGAUCGUCCAGAUGACCCGGCACAGCCAGGCUCGCGAGCCCGUGCCGUAUGUUACCCUCGCGCAGCACGAGAAGGGUUUUCUAUGGGAUGACCACUGAGGAGACAAUUCUGCGAGAGAUCAGUCACUUCUGGGAGCUCUUGGGCUCCACAGACACUGUCCUUCGGGAAACCUACAUUGUGGCUGCUUAUGAAAAUCCUAGCAUCCCUCAGCGCCGCAAUGAGAUCUGGUUCAUCUGCCGAGCAGAGUGAGUCCCCUCUGUGACUGCAAACUGUCCUGCAACUGGACCUGGUGUAAAUGGCAGUUCUGACCCAAAGGAGAUGAAUGCACAUCCUGACCCACCAUUCAUCCACAAAAUGACAGCCCAAGAGACUAAGGGGUGGAUUUGUACACUGCCGUGCACGUGCCCAGAUGGGGGAAAACUUGCCUGGUCUGCACUUCACCUGCUCCCACAAGGGCCAGCUGAAGCUGCAGGUGGCACCAGAGAGAGCCUCUGCAGCGAGUUUCUGGUGGGAAGCACCUGGUGGGGCUCAUGUCAGGCAGUAAAUGUGUGGACUUGUGCAAUGUGCUAGCCUGCCCUGGGUUUCAGCUCUGAGCUGGGGCUGCAGAGCUGUGCCAGGCACACUAGUGGGGCUUGCAGCUGGCAGUAUCACAAGCUGAGGGCGUCUAGAAGGAAAGUGACUGUGUAUGAGGUGUGAGGCUCUGUCUGGGUUGUGGCCUGUGUCCUGUGAGAAUGGUUGCCUGUUCCAGAUGGAGCCACUGAAAUGCUGCUACAAAGAUGGGAGCUGGAGGGUGAAAAGGGCUCCCCACAAGCGAGAUGUGGAUCCUGAAUGUUUCCUGCUGGGGUGGCUGUUUUUGUAUUGUUGGGUACCUCCCCAGCUAUCACUCACCAUCCCUCAGCCAGGGCUGGGGCACUGGCAGCCUUUGGUCAUCAGUUGUGGGUGCUGUUUUGUGGACCUGCUGCAAGCUGAGAGGGACAGGUCCUGACAGCAGCAGCAGUGGCACUGCUGUGUGUUGUGUUGUGCAUUGAUCAAUGAGUUUCACAACCAUGAAUACCGUCACGCUUUCCCAAGGGAAGCUGGUAGUGCCAACAGUAAAUAAACCCAGCUCAAACAACUGCAGCUGCAGAUCAGUGAUGGUGCUGAAAUGGAGGGUACCCAGGCUGCCUUAGGAAGAGCCUUGCUCUCUCCCUCAUCAAGAUGCUCUAGGCUGUAAAACUGUGGCUAGUUAGAAGGGCUCUAAUGUUUGCGCAGGUGAUGGUCUUGUGUCCAGCCAGGAACAGCCUUUGCAUUGCCACACAGGCUGCUUACGUUGCUGCUACAAUCAACUGUAGCCACACUCCCCUGCAGGUAAGGUGGUUUUCUGUUGGAUGGGGUCUGCUCUAGCUUCAUUUUUCACCUGUGCAAAAAGCAGUUUCCUUUGACUGUACUGCACCUGGGCACCUAAUCUUGGGCACUGAGAAUUCCAAUGUGAGUGCACAUCAUGCUGGUUGGCUGCAGGAACUGGUGUACUUUUGCAGGAAUGUGCUUAAGUGGCUCAGUGUGGAGGGACUUCUGGCUGCUUCUGACCCAGUUCCCAAAGAAUUUCCUCCUUCUGUAACUGGAGGUGUGCUGUGUUCCUCGCUGCCUGCUGGUGCUGCUCAAACUCUGGCCCUUUGACCCUACAUUGCAACCAGAGGGGGCAAGACCACGGCCAGUUCUGUGGCCUUGUUGCCCUGGCAGUACUGGUGGCUUCUGCCACUCCAUUUUUCAGUCAGAUGCUGUUCUCUGCCCUGUCCAGACUGGCUUGCCCUCUGGCAGCAAGGGAGCCUGGCUGCCCAGCCUGUGGCUGUGAUGAGAGCAGGGCCAAGCGUGUUCCACCCUCCUCUUCGAGGGAGUAAGCAAGCUUCAGGCAGAGUCUGGGCAAGUGCAGCAAGAGCAAUCAGUGGUUUCCUGGGUAUCUUGUGGUAUGGUUCUUGUCCCUGGGGCACUAAAGGCAGGUAGGGCUGGGGAGGUGCUGUGACAGCCUGCAGCUGUGAGGGCUGAUGUGGCAAGUGCUUCUCAGAUAAAAGUGGUGAUACCUGGAUCAGCAGUGCUGUGUUCACCUCUUGGGCAAGGAGAAGCAAUUCCCUUAUGUGAGGCUGGGAUGAGGUAGCUCAGCAUCAGUGGGAGAGCAGAGUCAGCCAGCAUGUGUGGGACAGAGACCCUUACUACACAUCAGCUGCUUCGCUUGCUUGCCCUGAGCUUGCAAGUGGAAGUAAACUUGCUUUCUAGAGCUUGCUGAAUAGGCUGCCACUUCCUCUGAGGCUGUCUGGUCCCCAACCACAAUCAGAACAGCUGUCAAUGACAGGAAGCAGUGGCUUUCCCAUGAGAGAAGACCAGUCUGCGGUUACUGGCAAAGCUGCAGAGCCACAUGCCCUGCGGGGUCAGCUCCAUGGUCUCCCAGGCCCUGCUGGAGGUGUUAAUGGUAGGGCCCUCUGGUGCAGCGCCAGUCUGGCACCACCACACAGUGCAGCAGGCGUGCUCCAGACUGUGCCACAGGCUUUGCCGGGUCAAGCCUUCAGCAUCCUCUGUGGCAGAUCCAGCAGCACUCUUGGGGAUACUGUGGGGUGUCUGAUGGCAAGUCUUCUGGGCAGUACCAAAAGCAGCCAGCAUUCUGGAGGCUCAACAAACCAGCUGAUAAGCUGGUGUUCAGAGCUGCAACCGGCAGAGCCAGUGACACGGGGCUGCAGCGGGCUCCCUGGGACACGUUUGGUCAGGCAGGGAGGCCUCCAGCCUGCACUGUGCAGGUGGCCAGGCCAGCUUGCACAGCUGUGCCCUGACCAGCUGAUGCAGACAAGCCAAUGUGUUCUGCAGCUGGGGCUGUGUGUCCUGCCUGCAGCAGGGUGCAGAGCUCCUGGCUCUCAGGUGUCCCCGUGCUCUUACAGGGUCUCAACAACGGAACAGGGAGGGUGCUUCUACCAUCAACAAACAGCCUGCCUCGGAGGAGCCCCUUGGCGGGAGGGGAGCUGCUCGGGCCGCCCAACGCUGGAGCUUGCUACAGACAAGAGCAGGGCGCACCUCUCGUCUCCUCAGCGGCCCGUCGGGCCCGCCCUGCGCGGGAGGGUGCUGGCGGGAGCGGCAGACCGAGCCCAACAUCGCCCACAGGGCCCAGCUUUCCCCCUACCCGUGCCCCGCCCGGUUUCCGGUGGCCGCCCCGCCCCCGGAAGCCCCUCCCGACAGUAGCGGCAGGCGGGGCGGCGGCAUGGCCACAGGCUGGCGCGCGCACUGACCGGCGCGGCCGGGAGCGGCGCGGAGGAUGGCGGCGGUGCGGGCGCUCCUGAUGCUGGCUGUGGGGACUCGGGCAAUGAUCCAUUUCACCAAGGAGCCCUACUCCCAGGAUGCCCUGCAUGGCCGCAGUGCGAUCCUCCGCUGUGAGGUGAAGGAACCAGCCAAUGUGGAGUUCGAAUGGCUGCAGAAUGGGCUCCCCAUUGAGGACACGGAUCAGCGCUUCAAGGAAGGCAGCAACCUGCAGUUUGCUGCUGUUGAUCGGCACCGGGAUGCUGGGGACUUCCAGUGCAUGGCGAGGAACUUGCUCACUGGGGAAGAGGCUCGCACAGCCAAUGCAUCUUUCAAUAUCAAGUGGAUUGAGACAGGCAAUGUGGUGCUGAAGCAGCCGGCCAGCGUAGCUGAGAUUCAGCCAUCCUCCACAGUGGUCCUGCGGUGUCACAUUGAUGGCCACCCGCGCCCUGCAUGGCAGUGGUUUCGGGAUGGUACCUCCCUCCCUGACGGCCGCAGUACCUAUAUUGUCAGCAACAAGGAGCGAACGCUGACCCUCCAGAAUGCCAGCCCUGACGACAAUGGUCUCUACUACUGCUGUGCCCGCAGUGCUGUCGGCUCUAUCUGCAGCCAGAACAACUUCACACUGAAUAUCAUUGAUGAGAGCUUUCCUCAGGCAGUGAUCGUCCCGCAGGACCUCAUUGUGACCAAGAACGAAGAGGCCAUGUUUGACUGCCAGUUUGCAGCUGUGCCCCCUCCCACACAGGAGUGGCUUUUUGAAGACAGCCCUGUCACCAACAGAUCCAAGACCACCGUAUUCACCAACGGCUCCCUGCUGAUCACCCAGGUGAGGGCUCGCAGCACUGGUGUCUAUAAGUGCAUUGGCCGUGGGCAGAGAGGGAAAGCUCUUGUGCUGAAGGCGACUCUGCAGCUAGCAGAGAUCGAAGAAAUGGUACCCUUCUCCCCGAAGGUGUUGACGGCAAACCAGGGGCACCGUGUGGCCUGCACUCCCCCACGAGGCAUACCCACGCCUCAGGUCUGGUGGGAGAGGAACCAGGAACGAGUUCCCACCUCUGGCAGGGUGCACCAAGAGGCAGAGCAGCUCAUUUUCACGAGUAUCACAGAGGCAGACGCGGGGACCUACACGUGCCAUGCUGCCAACAAGGCUGGAGAGAAGAAGCAGGAGCUGAGCAUCACUGUGGCUACGAUACCCAAGUGGGUGGAGAUGCCCAAGGAUAGCCAGCUGGAGGAGAGCAAGCCAGGAUACCUGCACUGCCUCAGCAAGGCCUCCCUGAAACCCACUGUCACCUGGUACCGCAACGGUGUCUCCAUCUCUGAGGACUCACGGUUUGAGAUCUCUGAGAAUGGGACGCUGCGCAUCAACAACGUGGAGGUAUAUGAUGGGACCAUUUACAAGUGCGUGAGCAGCACGCCGGCAGGCAGCAUUGAGGGAUACGCACGGGUGCACGUGCUAGAGAAGCUGAAGUUCACCCCUCCACCCCAGCCGCUGCAGUGCAUGGAGUUUGAUAAGGAGGUGACAGUGUCCUGCUCAGCCACUGGCCGGGAAAAACCCACCAUCCAAUGGACUAAAACAGAUGGGAGCAGCCUGCCAUCCCAUGUCAGCCACAAUGCUGGCAUCUUGUCCUUCCACAAGGUGAGCAGGAGUGACUCAGGGAAUUACACGUGCAUCGCCUCCAACAGCCCGCAGGGUGAGAUCCGUGCCACCGUGCAGCUCGUGGUAGCAGUUUACGUUACCUUCAAGCUAGAGCCAGAGCCCACAACAGUGUACCAGGGACACACAGCCAUGUUCCAGUGCCAGGCAGAGGGGGACCCCGUGCCGCACAUCCAGUGGAAAGGGAAGGACAAGAUUUUGGAUCCUGGCAAGCUCCUGCCCAGGAUUCAGAUCAUGCCAAAUGGCUCCCUGGUGAUUUAUGACGUCACCACUGAGGACUCUGGAAAAUACACCUGUAUCGCUGGCAACAGCUGCAACAUCAAGCACCGUGAGGCCUUCCUAUAUGUUGUAGACAAGCCGGCAGUGGAAGAGGAUGAGGGACCUGGCAGCCACACACCCUACAAGAUGAUCCAGACUAUUGGGCUUUCCGUGGGGGCAGCUGUUGCCUACAUUAUUAUCGUGCUGGGGCUGAUGUUCUACUGUAAGAAGCGGAGAAAAGCCAAGAGGCUGAAGAAGCACCCAGAGGGCGAGGAGCCUGAAAUGGAGUGUCUGAAUGGUAGUGCGUUGCUUCAGAAUGGGCAGAUGACAGCAGAGAUCCAGGAAGAAGUGGCCUUGACCAACCUGGGCAGCAGCUCUGGGGCCAGCAAGCGGCACAGUGCUGCCGACAAGAUGCACUUUCCACGUUCAAACCUGCAGACAAUCACAACACUGGGCAGGGGGGAGUUUGGUGAAGUGUUCCUGGCCAAGGCAAAAGGUACAGAGGAUGGUGAGGGGGAAGCCCUGGUUCUGGUGAAGAACCUGCAGACACGGGAUGAGCAGCUGCAGAUGGACUUCAGGCGAGAGGCUGAAAUGUUUGGCAAGCUGAACCACCCCAAUGUGGUGCGGCUGCUGGGGCUGUGCCGUGAGGCAGAGCCGCAUUACAUGGUCCUGGAGUAUGUGGACUUGGGGGACCUGAAGCAGUUCCUGAGGAUCUCCAAGAGCAAAGAUGAGUCUCUGAAGCCACAGCCCCUCACUACCAAACAUAAGGUGUCUCUCUGCACACAGGUGGCCCUGGGCAUGGAGCAUCUCUCCAACGGCAGGUUCGUGCACCGGGACUUGGCAGCCAGGAACUGCCUGGUCAGUGCCCAGCGGCAGGUCAAGGUCUCAUCCCUGAGCCUCAGCAAGGAUGUGUACAACAGUGAGUACUACCACUUCCGCCAGGCCUGGAUACCGCUGCGCUGGAUGCCACCUGAAGCAGUGCUGGAGGACGAGUUCUCCACUAAAUCAGAUGUGUGGUCGUUUGGGGUGCUCAUGUGGGAGGUCUUCAUGCAUGGAGAGAUGCCCUACAGCCCAAUGGCAGAUGAUGAGGUGCUAGCAGGUCUGCAGUCAGGAAAGACAAAGCUCCCGCACCCUGAGGGAUGCCCUUCCCGCCUUGCCAAGCUGAUGCAGCGCUGCUGGGCCUCCAGCCCCAAGGAUCGACCCUCCUUCAGUGAGCUUGCCACUGUUCUCGGGGACAGUCCAGCUGACAGCAAAGCCUGAGCAACCUGGUCCUUGCUGGGGAAGGACAUGGUGGGGUGGACAGGGGUCUGUAGGUGCCUGGAGGGCCCCAGUACUCCUGCAGCCCCUUGCUGAGCCUGACCCCUGUGUGCCAGCAAGCAGCUCGGCACCAGCAGCUGCUGGACUCAAAGCACAAGCCAGUGUACCCCAGCCCCACCCCUUACCCCUCUCCUCCAUGGGUCCCAAAAAGACAGCUCUUGUUGCCUUUUGCUCCCCACCUACCCAGCUUGGUGCCCUAGGGCUGCUGGCGUGGAUGGAGUGCAGCUCCCCCUCACCCAGUGAGAGCUGGGCUCCAGCACCAGGCUCUCUGUCCCCGCUCACCAUGGGCAUAUCUGCCGGCCUGGCCCAGUGUCUGUCUCCAUCCAUCUCUCCGUCCGUCUGUGUUAGGCAUGUCUGCCACCCCUGUGCCUUGCAGGUACAGGCCAGCCAGCAGGAACACAAAGUGCCUGGCAUAUGAAGGAGCUCACUACCUUUCCCAGCUACCCUGUGCCUUUUUUUUGUAUGAGGACUCUGGGCAGCAUCCCCUUUCUCCCUCCUCCAGAACGCUGACUCCUCCCUACCAUAGUAUUUCUGUUACUGGAAUGCAGCCUAGAGUGGGUUUAGUUUAUUUGCUUGAGCAGAGGGUACUGCAGCCAAGAAGGGUUGGGUUUUGUUGGGUUUUUUAUGUGCUGCUCUCAAUAAAGAAGGCUUUUUUUGUUUGA